AGAGCCUCCGCUGCUCGACGGAGCCACUUUGGCGCGCGCUCAGCGAGCCACCAGUAUACCGCCUCCUUUUACGUUCGCUCCAAAUUUCUUAUUUUUUAUACGGCCAAACGGACGGCGUUCGCGUAUAUAUGCGACUCCUGUUGCACGUCGCUGAUCGCGUUGCUUAUAUGUAUGCGUCGAUUUGACUGCCAGUCUUUUCGGCGGCUCCUCUGCAUUUAUAAUACUGCACGUCUAUUAUUAUUAUACCACUGUGUUCGAUAUAUAUGUAUAGCAUGUGUUGGUGCAGCGCGUAACAGAGUGAUAAUCAAGCGUGCGCCUAAAAAGUUCGCAAUUUCAAACCUAGCCCGGACUCCGGAGUAUUGGCUUGCGGAGUUGCGCAGGUGUUUGCUCGUGGGCUCUCUCGCCUGUGUCUUUGCGACUCCUCGUGCUUCUUAAGACGGACUCGAAACCAUUUCAGAGACGCGACUUAUAGCGUCAUUAUAGGCGAGACAAGUUCACACUGCUACAGGUUAUGCCGCCGUUCGAUAGCUGAUGACUUGUUUCUUACCUAGUUUCUCAUCUUUAAAAUAAUCCUCUUAGUUUGUCAACGGAAUCGGAGUUAGCCUUUUUCAUUUGCCUUUUCCACAUUAUUCAAGUUUGCUCUGCUAUUUUCGAGCUGCCAAGACUCCCUGAACCCUCGAUGCACUGCUUUUUUCGACGGCGAUACAGCAUUAGCUCGGUGUCUAUGUGCCUAUGAUCAAGACUUCAUUUGGUCAAAUAAGCUAUUAUUUUGGAAUCUGUAAUACAUGAUAAUGGUUUAAAUGGAAUUCGGUAUCGUAGCAAUCUCUCAAGGAAAUAGGAAAGAUUCUCAUCAAAAACCAUCAAACUCUCUGAAAGAAAACUUUUUGUCUUUCUGGAAGUUUCAAAUACUAUGGCAGACUAUUAUGAUGUUAUCACAAAUUCAGAUAAUAAUACUUUUGUUCUAAAAGACUUUCCACAAUUGUGCGAUGUUGAUGGACAGAGCUAUCAAAUUGUUGUUGAGGACAACGGUGGACAGACUUUAUUAAUUGCCCCAUCCACAGGAAAUACUCCAGCCACCCUUGUUUCGCAGCCAAUUACUAUUGGAUCUUCAUUGGAGCAGAGACAAAGUGUUAUUUUAAUUAAAACCAAUGAACCAGGUGUUCAAUCGGAGGCAUUUACUAGAUCUGUAUCAAAUUCAAAAGUUGUCAACAAAGAUAAUUCAGAUGAGCUGAUACGUUAUGCCAAUAUACCAAAAACCAUUGAAUUACAAGUUGGAAAAUUGCCUAAAACCUUCAUUUCUACUGGAACUAGAACUCUUCAAUCAAGUGUAUUGCCUCCACUUGCCGCACCAAAUGUUGUUGUACAACCUGGUUCAAAUUUAAAUACUACUCGAAUUGUACAAAUCAACAAACGGCAUUCUGUUGGUACUGGUACACCCGUGAGAUCAAAUUUGCCAAGCCAAACUAUUCGAAAAAUUGCUCCUGGUGGGAAAAUGAAGCGUGCUUCUAUUGCUGGAGGUAAUGCUAAUGUAUCAUUAGUUCAACCAAGAAGUACUACAGGAUUUAUCCGUACAAAUCAACUUGCUGCUAAAACUUCACAACAUACACCAACUAGGAUAGCUAAUAAUUCUGAAGUUGUAGCUGUAAGCCAUAAUCUUCAAGGAACAAUACCAACAGCCGCAGCAGGGUUUUGUCAACUUAGUGAACGCAUUAAGGCUGAUCAACAAACUACAGUAAAGCCAAAAUUAUCCAAACAUCAACCAAUACUAGCAGUACAUCCAACGCCAAGGUCUAUUUCAUCUUCCCAGGCCCCGCUUAAGCAGCGAGGUCCGAUGGGUCAAGUAAUGGGUCAACUAAUGGGUCAUGGUCACAGACAGCAGCAACAACUACAACAGCAGCAGCAGCAGCAGCAGCAGCAGCAGGAGCAGCAGCUCGCACUACUUCAACAGCAGCAAGCACAACAACAUGCAGCAGUGAAGCAAGCAAAUGCAGGGUCCCAACAAAUUAAAGAUAAGAGUGAACCAAUGGAAGUAGAGGAAAGUGGUAGUAUGGAGCAAUCCGACAGUCAGAGUACUUCUACAAAAUCUGAUCCUGAAGAAAAUUCCAGUGAGAGUAUUGCCUAUUUACAACAGGACAUUGAAGAUCCAGCAAAGACCAUAGUUCAGCAUCAAGUCAAAGGGAAUGAGGCCAAAAUGCUUGUCAUCUUGGAGAACGGAGAACAGAGGCUCAUUACAUUUGAGGUGCCUAAGGAUGAUUGCACAGUUGCUGAUUUAUUGGAACAAGCAAAUAUACAGGCUUCCCAAGAGCCCCGUGUUUCGUUGGUAUCAGAUCCAACUCUGCACAUAAACUACAUUGUUGAUGUCACUGCAAAGAUGAAUUAUGAUGAAAGUGAUAAAGAAUCCUCAGUAAAAUCGAGAAGCCCAGUCAAAAGUGGUAGAACUGCUUCGUCAACAGGUUCGACAGGCUCAAAUGCAAAGGUUGCAAAAUAUAUUAAAGGUAUGCUGGCAGUUUGUCCAUUCUGUGGAAUGAGUGCAGCAGACUUCAAUUACUGCAUGAGAUGUAAAAGAAAACUACCUGAUGAUGUCAAGUCAAUACCUAUAUCUACGGGUGUUAUGACAAAAAGAGAUAACUCAUCUUCUGAUCAUCCAUCAUUGGUCAAGAAACAAGAUUCUGGAUUGUUACAAAGGGCAGAAACAGUUUCAAAAAGAGGUAGAGGAGGGUGUAGAAAUCGCGGUUUAUUAAAAGCUAAACAAUUCAAAGAACCAGAAUGUUUAACUAUAUCUUCUGAUGAAGAAGAUGAUAAUAAAGUGAAAACGUCACUCAAUAAUUCUAUUGAAAUGCCUAAAGUUCAAGUUUCUGAACCAAAAGAAAAAGCAGAGACGAUCAAUGAAAAGGAACCUGUAAUCACAAAUACUUUGAAAUCAAACUUCCGUGCGGGUUUUGAUGGUCAAGUUUCAGGUGUAAGUAGUAGCAAAGACACUGCUCCACUUAUACCACCUACUAGCAAUCUGUUAGUUACUCUGAAAUGUCGUACAGUUAGAAUUGGAUCAUAUAAAUUCGUUCCAGACUGUGCCGUUACAAUAACUUCGGAUAAUUUGCAAAUCGAUGUACCUUUACUGGAAGAUGAGAGAAAAUCCAUAUCAUUAAAAAUUAAAUAUGGAGAAAUGUUGGCACUUUUAAUACAUUUUUCCAAGUCUAUGCCAGUUCUAUUUUUUUACACAAACAUACCGACUGGUUCGAGAAUAAGAGAUAUAUUAGGUAUGCAGGAUCCCAAGGGGCCAUAUUAUGAUCCAGCUAGUAAAGAUCAAACACAUAAACGAAUUACAUUACUUCCUGAAAGAAUUACGGAUGAUGCGAAGUUAACACUGAAAGAAAUAUUUAGGCCCAUUAUGAGUGAAUUAAAUGGGAAAGAAGCUAACGAUAUUCUUGUUCAAGCUUCUCCUAGAGCAGUUCAAGUUCCAGCUCCAUCUCCAGUUAAAAAACCUAUUCAAACAACAAGCACGGCUUCUGCUUCUAAUGGAGUUAUUCAAACUAUAACUGUAUAUCCGCCACCACCGGCCAAAGGAGGCAUAGCUAUUAAUACUGAAGAUUUCUUUUGCCUUGCUGAAGAUCAGUUUCUUAAUGAUGUUAUUAUUGACUUUUAUUUAAAAUAUUUAACUCUUCAAGUACUUUCUGAAGUAGAUAACCAGAGGACACACGUUUUUAGUACCUAUUUUUAUAAACGAUUGACGAGUCCGCAUACUCAAUCUAUUGGUAACGUUGAGAAUUUAUCCCCUGCUGCCAAGCGUCACGCUAGAGUUAAGAAGUGGACUAAAAAUGUUAAUAUAUUUAAAAAAGAUUUUAUUGUUAUCCCUAUCAAUGAACAUGCUCAUUGGUUCUUGGCAAUUAUUUGUUUCCCGGGAUUAGUUGGAAAAAUAAUACCCAAAGUUGAAGAAAAAUCUGAAAGUCAAAAACUCGAAGAAAAAAAGAAAAAAGAAGCAAAAGCAAAAGUUGCUGGAAACAGCGCUACAUCGGCUAACACAAUAACGAUAGACACCCACGACGAUGGUUCAGAAAGAGAUGAGGCAGAAGGUGACGAUGAUGAAUUGGAAACAGAAAGUGAUAUCGAUGAUGAAUCUGAGACCAAGUCUGAAGUAGAUAAAACUACUCCAAAAGAUAACCCAAACAUCGAAAAAAAAGACAUAACAAAAGUUCCUUGUAUUUUAAUAUUUGAUUCACUGGCUGGAGCAAACCGGUCAAGAGUUGUGGCUACACUAAGAGAUUAUCUUAGUUGUGAAUAUCGGGCUAAAAUGGGUGCAGAACAACUUUUUACUAAAGACACUAUAAAAGGAGCUGUACCUAAAGUUCCUCAGCAAUCAAAUUUCACCGAUUGCGGUUUAUAUGUACUUCAGUAUGUCGAGGCUUUUUUCCAGACCCCGAUCGAUAACUACACUUUACCAAUUAAAACUUUAAAAAAUUGGUUCGAAGAAAUUACUGUUACUCGCAAAAGAGAGGAAAUAGCAAAGUUACUCACAGAGAUAGUCAGUAAAGAUUCUUCAAAAACUGCAGUCACUUUACCUACCUUGACUUUUCCAACUCAAGAUGGGAUUCUAAAGCCAAAAUCUGAGAGUCAAGCUGAGGCAAAAUUAGUAAAAGUGGAAGUAGAUAAAAAAAAAGCUACUGAGAAGAUAGAAACAACUCCAGGUACCGAGGAAACUGAAAGUACGAACAAUAUCAACUGCAAUAGUACCGAUAAUGAAAAUAAAACUAUUGCAACAAAAUUAACCAUUCCUGUUACAAGUUCAAAAACCGCUUCUACGACAGCUGAUACUGUAAAUCAACAAAAAAAAUCAAUUGAAGCUACCACAAGUAACACAGUAAAAACUUCGGUGGAUCCAAUGACAUAUUUAAAAACGAAAAGAAUACCCAGAUUACAGAAAUCAUCCGAAAGCUUAGAUGAUGGUGAAACUGUUUCAAAAAAGCUCAAAAGUGAUUCUUCUGACUCUUGUAAAUAAGUGUUGUUUUUUAAUAAUGUGUAAUGCUAAUUAAGUUUAGUCACUAUUAGUUAAAGGACUUGAAAUAUGAUCGAAUGUGUAGUUCUUUUAGUGUAAGAUUAAUAAAAUAAGAUACAUUGAUAAUGUAAAAACUGGCUGAUUUUAUUACAACCAAUUAUGCAGCUAAAAUUUAAAAAUAUA